AUGGGGUGGAGACCUUCGUGCAAGACGGGUACGGCGAAGUGGGUCUACGAUGGCAUAUGCCCGGACCCAGCAGUCUUCGGCUGCCUCAUGGCGCUGGGUGGUCCUCCCACUUGGAAGAUGAAGAAAUUUACCAAGGACGAGUUCGAGUCCCGAAUCGGCACAGUGACUGCAUCCAAGAUGUAUAACGUUGUCGGCAUCACCAGUGAUGUGACCGUCCGAUGGUCUGAGACAGGCGAAUUCAAGUUCAGCGGGUGUUAUGGGAUUUAA